CCACAGCACUUGCCACAAAUUGCCCCCAAUUCCCAAAUCCCCUACCUCUCUCUUCGCAAUUCUCACGCAGAUUCCCCCUCUUUUUCUCUCCCAAGCCCCGUUUUCCCCACCUGUUUGGUUCCCGGGAAAAUUCCACUUCCCCGCCGGGAAACUAAAGAUCCAACUUUUUCCCGGCCGCGACCGCGUGAGAAAUGGUCUCCCCGGAAAACACCAACUGGCUCUUCGAUUAUGGCCUCAUCGACGACAUCCCCGUCCCCGACGCCAAUUUCUCCGUCUCCUCCUCCGGUUUCACCUGGCCCGUUCAGCCCCUCAACGGUUCCUCUGCCGUCAGUUCUAUUUCUAGUGCGGAGAUUGAUGGUUCCUUAGGAGAUUCCGAAGGCCCUAAAGAAUCUGGCUCAAAGAAGAGGGUUAGAUCUGAAUCAAACGGUGCAUCCAGCUCCAAGGCAUGUAGGGAGAAGCAGCGGAGAGAUAGGCUUAAUGACAAGUUUGUGGAAUUGGGCUCUAUAUUGGAGCCUGGAAGGCCUCCCAAAACAGACAAGGCUGCUAUUUUGAUUGAUGCUGUCCGAAUGGUGAAUCAGUUGCGUGGUGAAGCGCAGAAAUUAAAGGACUCAAAUUUGAGUCUCCAGGAGAAGAUCAAGGAAUUAAAGGUGGAAAAGAAUGAGCUUCGCGAUGAGAAGCAAAGGCUCAAGGGCGAGAAAGAAAAGUUGGAGCUGCAAUUGAAGGGCAUGAAUGCUCAACCGGCAGGAUUCUUGCCUCCGCCUGCAGCAAUCCCUGCUGCAUUUGCUGCUCAAGGUCAAGCUCCUGGCAACAAGUUGGUACCUUUCAUUAGUUAUCCCGGGGUUGCCAUGUGGCAGUUCAUGCCACCUGCUGCAGUGGAUACCUCGCAGGAUCAUGUUCUCCGCCCACCAGUUGCCUAAGUUGACAGCAUAUAAUGGUUUGGGCGAUUUUCGGGUUUGUCCAUCCUGAAAGAAUUGUCAGUCAGUCGUCUCAUUGUUCUUGACUCUUUGAAAGUUUAUAAUGUAGUCUUCUAAGUUCUAAUUGAAUUUGGUGGUAACUUAACUGUAUCUGCGACCUGGGUACUUAUUUAUGAAUUGGUGCUGGUAUUUUCAUGUAAAUGGGAAUAAGUUUAAUCUGUCAACUUGUGUUUCAGCUUAAAAUGAUGUUAUGCCCCUUGGCAGAUGAGAUUGCGAAUGCUAUAGGCAUUUUUUUUUUUUAAUUUCAUUUUUUGGUUGAAAUGAUAGUUGGGAUGUUAGACUUGGCAUU